UAGUGACGUGCGAACUGAAACGAGGGAGGCGAGGCUUAAUUGGUGGUGAUAGCGUUACGUUACUAACCAAAUUAAAAGGCCAUCAACGCGCGCAAUGGUCUCUCACACACGCUCGAUUGCAUAUUUGCAUUAGCUCUAGUUGUCUUGCUACCGAUCGAUCGAAUUCAUCAAUGGCAUCCGGUGGCGACCAGACGACGACGAAGAGCAGGAUCCUGGUGGUCGGCGGCACGGGGUACAUCGGCCGGCAUGUCGUUGCCGCGAGCGCGCGGCUGGGUCAUCCCACCACCGCCCUCGUCAGGGACCUCGCCCCCUCCGACCCCGCCAAGGCGCAGCUGCUCCACACCUUCCGCGACGCCGGCGUCACCCUCCUCCACGGCGACCUCCACGACCACGCCAGCCUGCUGCGCGCCGUCCGCGACGCCGACGUCGUCAUCUCCGCGGUGCGCGCGACCCAGGUCCCCGACCAGACCAGGCUCAUCGACGCCAUCAAGGAGGCCGGCGGCGGCCGCGUCCGGAGGUUCAUCCCCUCCGAGUUCGGCAUGGACCCGGGGCGCGGCGCCAGCGCGGCGGUGGAGCCGGUCAGGUCCAUGUACGGCAGCAAGGUGGGCAUCCGGCGCGCCGUGGAGGCGGCGGGCAUCCCGCACACGUACGUGGCGUGCAACUACUUCGCCGGAUUCGCGCUGCCGUCGAUCGGGCAGUUCAUGCCAAAGGCGGCACCCGUGGAUAGCGUGGUGAUCCUCGGGGAGGGGCACACCAAGGUGGUGUUCGUGGAGGAGGGGGACAUCGGCACGUACACGGUGCUGGCGGCGGUGGAUCCCCGGGCGGAGAACAAGACGCUGCACAUACGGCCGCCGGCGAACACCAUGUCGCACGACGAGCUGGUGAGCAUGUGGGAGAAGAAGACGGGGAAGAAGCUGGAGAGAGUGUACGUGCCCGAGGACGCCGUGCUCACCAAAAUCAAAGAGUUAGAGUACCCGAAGAACGUUUUGGUGUCGAUCGCGCACGCGGCCUACUGUAGAGGGGAGAUGAGCUCGCCGCUGGAUGAUCCGCAGGACGUGGAGGCCACUCAGCUCUACCCGGAAAUCCAAUAUACAACCGUUGACGAAUAUCUCAACACCCUCCUCUAAUUCAUUUCGUCAUGCAUCAUAUCACCCUAAAUAUGCAUGCGCCAAUAAAAACAAGUCUUGAUUUUAUUUUGUUCAUUGCUCCAUCUUCAGUCAGUGUCCACUGGUUUGUCUGUCAUGCAUGGAUCAUUUUUACUCUUCAAUUCAGUUCUGCAUUUCAGUUGAGCUGUUCAGCUGAGUGCCUUGAUUUGUACCACCUAUCUGCCUUGUUACAAAUUUAUGUCAAAGUCUUCUUGCUCUGGUACA